AUGGCGCCACAGACAAUCGCGGUUAUCGGAGGGCUGGACGCUGAUCUGAUCAUGAUAGCAAGUCGUAUCCCCGGCCCCGGGGAGAGUGUUCUAGCAAACGAGUAUCUGGAAGCUUUGGGCGGUAAGGGGGCGAAUUCUGCAAUUGCGACGUACCGAACUUGUCACAAGAGUCCGCUAGACAAGAAAAGAACAACCGGGGAUGAAGUACCAGAGGAGUCAACCGGCGGUGACAAUGCAGCUUCAGCUCCCACGCAGCAGCCCACACCCGCAACGGAGCGACUCACCAUCAGCGGCUCAGGUGACGAAUAUAUCCAGGUCAAGAUGAUCGGCGCCGUCGGUGACGACCACUACGGAGACAAGUUCAUCACCGAAUUGAACAAGAAUGGGGUGGAUACUUCCGGCAUCGUGACAGUGCCCAACACACGCUCAAGCGUCUGUUUCGUCAUCGUCGAGGACUCGACACGCGAGAACCGUUGCCUCUUCACCCUGGGUGCAACGGCAACGUGGAAGAAAGACGACUUCAUCCACGCCGAACAGCUCGGAGGCGGGAUUCGGCCGGACCUAGUCGUGGCCCAGAUGGAAAUCGACAAGGACGUCGUCGAGACUAUGAUCGAAACUGCCGGCAACGCUGGCGUUGAUUUCUGCCUGAAUGCGGCGCCAGCCACCCCCAUCGGAGAUCGCUUCUAUAAGCAUCUUACUCAUCUGCUGGUCAACGAGGCGGAAGCGGCUAUCAUGUCGGGACGCGAUAGGGACGAGGUCGAUGAGGAGACGUGGCCGGUCAUUGCUCAGGAGUUCUUGGACCGUGGUGUCAAGAACGUGGUUAUCACACUUGGUGCCAAGGGUUCGUUCCACGCCAACGCAAUGGGAAGCGGCCACUGCCGAGCGUUUGAUGUCCAGGUCAAGGAUACUAAAGGUGCAGGAGAUGCUUUCACAGGGGCCUAUGCUGCCGACUACUUGCGCCAGAAGGCCAAGGGGACAUGGGACAUCGAGAGCGCGGUUGUUCGCGCAAAUAAAGCUGCUGCAAUCACAAUCCAGAGCAUGGGAGCCCAAGACGGCAUCCCUUGGGCAGAUGAGAUCGAUCAAUUCGACGCCCCCUACAAGGUUCCCGAGAUGUCACCUUCAGGCUCGACUGCUGGCAUUGCCAGUGGCUUGAGCUGA